AUGUAUAUCGAGGUGAUGAUGAGUCCGGCGCACAAGAAUAUGUUGAUAAAGCAGCAGCAGCAACAUCAGCAGCAGCAGCUUAUUCAACAGCAGCAAAUGCUUCAGCAGCAAAAUCAGCAACAGCAGCAAAAUCAGCAACACCAACAGCAGCAGCAACAGCAACAACAACAGCAGCAACAGCAACAACAACAAUUGCAGCAGUUGCACCAGCUCCAGCAACAGCAACAGCAACAGGGACAACAGAUUCAGCUGCAGCAGAUGCAACAGCAUCUUCAGCACCAACAAAUUCAGCAGCAGCAAACCCAGCCAGGACAGCAGAAGCUGCCACUGCAACUCCAACAGAUGCAGCAAAUGGCUGCUGCUAGAGCAGCGGGCGGUAUUCCUGGAGUCGACCAUGCGUCACCUGGGCCAAACGGGAUGGAUCCUCAGAUGGACUCGCCACAGGAUAGAAAGCGUGUUCGGAACAACUCUGCGGGCGCGUUUUCUCCUGUUAUCGGUCAAGCAGGACAUGCGACGCCUCUCCAGCACAACAGCGCAUUGAUGGCAGCCAAUACAAAUUCUCCCAACAUGGUUGGAUCCCCGACGACACCAAGCGCUCAGCCAGCUACCGUGCCCGAGACAACUACAAAGGGGAACAGGCGGAAAAAGGCGGUAAAGAAGGAGCCAUCUGCGGAUCCUACUGUGGCAGAGAUGGCAUCUCCGGCUGUACAAGCAGCUGUUGUGGUAAAUACGCCUGGUCAGUUCGCGAUGCCUGCCACCCCAGGCGCCACCCCCGCUAAUGGAUUUGCGAGUCCCAACGUCUCGCACAUUCAUCAGCUUCAUGGUCAAGGAGGUCAGCCAGCUCAUCAGAACCAGUCCCACCCCCCACCGCCAGGACAACAAAUGACCCCUCAGAUGCAGCAUCAGCAACAAAUGCAACAGCAGCAACAAUUGCAACAGCAGCAGCAACAACAAGUCCAGCAGCAACAGCUUAACCAGCAGCAAAUUCAACAGCACAACCUUCAGCAAGUCCAGCAACAGCAACAGCUGCAGAUGCAGAUGCAGAUCCAAAGAGCACAGCAGCAGCAGCAGCAACAACAGCAGAUGGCGGCCAUGAGCGGGAUGAACCCUCACAUCCGACCCAUGAUGGCUGGGUCUCCCGUUCGGCCUGGAAUGAGUCCCACUAUUGGAUCAGCAGCUGCAGUGCCCAUUCAACCGCCCACCGGCAACCCUCAAAUGUCGCCUGCCAUGAUGACUCAAACGCAACUCCAGGCACGACAAGCUCAGCAAAUCCAGCAAGCCAACCAGCAAGCUAACCAACAGCGACUGCAGCAACAAUUGCAAAUGCAACAUAUGCACCUGCAGCAGCAGCAACAACAGCAGCAGCAACAACAACAACAACAGCAGCAGCAGCAGCAACAAAUGUAUCUCCAGCAGCAGGGAACUCCGGGACCACAAACACCACAAGACUCUUCUCAGAUCAAGGCCGGCCACAGCCCUAUCCCCCAGAGCAGCGUACCGAAUGGACUGCACGGACCGAAUGAUUCAUUAGCAGGUGUUCCUGGCGCUACACCUGGCCAGGAUCCGAAUCCCCAGCAUGUUUCUUCACCUACCAACCAAGCGAUGCGAGAAAGAAUUAACUCGAUGCAAUCACCAGGCGGAAACACUCAUCCUGGAACUCCCAUGAGCAUCGGAUCGCCCACUAACCGCGCUCGCAUGACCCAGCAGCAGCAGUUGCAUGCUCAGCAGGAAGCGCAAAAGAAGCAGCAAAUGCUAUGGGGGCGUCAGCAGCAAGCACUCCAGAGACAACCCUCUAUGAUGUCUCAGCAGCAGACGGACUUUGCAGGGGCCGCAGGUAGUCAAGGUGGCAACCCUGGAGCCAUCAUCUCGCCCGUUUCAACAGGACUGGAGAACAUGACGAUGAACUCUGGGGGCGUGGAUGAGAUCGGUAGGAUCCAGAAUCUGUUGACGGACAAUGGGGAGUUUGAGAAUAUCGAGAGCGAUGGCCUUCAGAUGGACGAUGAGGGUGUUGACGCGUUUGGGAACGUCAAUUUGCUGAAUAUCAGGAACGAAGACAUGCAGACAACAUCGCCUCAUGAUUCGCAAUUGCAGUUAUUUGCAAAUAUGGCUGGGCAUGGACAGAAAGUGAGCACAUGCGCAUUCUCGUCUGAUGGGCAGUGGUUGGCGAGUGCAGGAGUAGAUAAGAAAGUGUUGAUUUGGUCCGUGGCCACCAAGGAGCUCAAGUGCACGAUUGAUGGACCAGAGGGGCAUACAGGGCAGGUGACGAACGCACGGUUCUGUUCGGACGAUCGACUUAUUCUGGGUACGACAUCACAUGAUAACACAGUACGGAUCUGGGACUUGACGCCGUUGGCGCAGGGAGCAUCAAUGACGGCGAGGUCGAUUAGUGUUCUCAAAGGUCACAAGAUGACGGUGACGGCGGUGGACUUUUGUCCGAUGGUCGGAAGCAAUCGUUGUGUGUCCUGUGACUUUGACGGCGAGCUGCGUAUCUGGAAUUUUAUUACCGGCGACUGCGAACGGGUUAUCAACAAGAUGUUGGAGAAGCAAGUGUAUUCAUCAAAGCCCGUUCGGUAUCACCCUCAGAACCCCAACAUUAUUGCCGUUGCGUUGGGCAAGUCGCUCUAUGUGGUCAACAUCAAUGACCCGAACUCUCAACCUCGCGCGAUCGAUACGACCCAUAAGAAGAACAUUUUGACGCUGGACUGGUCGAUGCAGGGACAUCAUUUGGCGACGGCGUCGGAGGACCAGGUGUGUGUUUGGGAUACAACGCAAACAGCCCAAUGGCGCGUGCUGGCAUCUCAGCAGUUGCAGAAAAUCAGCAGCUGUGCAUUCGUAAAGACAUACGGUGGUGCGGCAGGAGGGGCGAGCACUGUUGCUUCGACACAGUCGACGCGUCUUGUUUAUGGCGAGUAUGAGAAGAUAUGGACGUGGGCGUUUGGAUCUGGCCGGUUUAUGGGCACAGGACCUGUGACGGAGCCUCAGGCGCAUCCGGGAGCAGCGGUGACGGCGCUGGCCUGCACGUCGAGUCAUCUGGAUGGCGAGAAUGUGCUUGUGUUGGCGAGUGCGAGUGCCGGCAAGGAUGGCAACCUCAAGCUGUGGAAGAUUGCCGGAUGA